UUAGUAUAUUCAAAACACCUUUUGUUGUGCCAAUUUUAUAUCUAACAAAGUGUUGUAUUAUUUGUAUAUCUAAAAAAUUUGCUUAUUCAGUAAAUACUUAAGAACUAAACUGCUGAUAAAAAGUGAAUUGUAAUGUUUUCUUUCAUCAAACAGCAUAACAAAAUUUUAACUAUUACUAAUUCUAUUGCUGAUUCAUCUUCUUUGGAAGAAUUAAUCAGCAAUGAAGGGAUUAAAUUAUCUGAACCAAUUCAAUUCGUAAAAUUCGAUGAUAUUACAAAAUCUGAAUUUGAUAACCUUCAAGUUGAUUUGAUUUUGUUAUUUGAAUUCCAAAAAAGUAUACUUAGUCGUUUAUUACAAAUUUUGAAACCAGGAGGUUCUGUUAUUUUAUAUGCAACUAUACCAUCUUCAAAGAAAGAAAAAAUAGAUGAUGUAAUGUUGGAGGAAAUUUUAGAAUUCAAACUUAAUGGAUUUUCUGUAAAGUCAUCAAUAAUACCCAAUGUUUCAUCUAAUCCACUUAUAAACAAACUUUUGAUUGAUCAUACUGAUAAUGGCAAUGAAGUUUGUCAGCUGAUUGCAAACAAACCUCAGUAUGAGAUUGGGUCGUGUAUUUCUUUGUCGAAAUUAAAAAGUAAUACUUGGAAAAUAGAUAGUGUUGUAGAUGACGAUUUAAUUGAAGAAGAUGAUUUGAUUGAUGAUGAAAUUAAACCAAAAGAUAUAGUACUAGAUACGAAAGAAUGUGGUAAACGUAAAGCAUGUAAGGAUUGUACCUGUGGUUUGGCUUCUUUAGAGAAUAAAAAAUCUUCUUGCGGCAAUUGCUACCUUGGAGAUGCUUUCCGUUGUGCAGAAUGUCCAUAUCUAGGCAUGCCUGCUUUUAAACCUGGAGAACAAAUUGUAAUAAAUAAUGAACAAAAGUAAAACAUUUUUCAAAUUCGUAAGCAACAUAUUCCAUGAAAAAU